UAACCCGUGCGUUUCGUAAGGCUCCGAGCACUUGUACAUUUCUGCAGGCGCGCGGCGAGCCAUUCGCGGCGGCUGCGGCAGCUCCGACUGCAUCUCCGCCUCCUCCACCUCCUCCUCCUCCUCCUCCUCCUCCUCCUCCUCCUCCCCCCGGGCUCCGGGUGUGUGCAUGUGUGAGUGCGUGUGCGUGUGUGUUUUGCAGGUGUGUCCGUUUUAAUUCUGCCCAGUAGGUGGGACUUGGUGACUUUAGCACCAUAUUUUCCUUUUCCUCCCCCCCCCUUUUUCUUUUUUGCCUCCCCACCGUCUGUUGCAACCCUGCAAAGUCUCGGAGUCGGAGAGCGCGGCUCGCUUCCCGAGCCCCCGGAGCGGCGUGCCGGCGAGCGCCGAGCCGGCCACCAUGCCAGGCAGACCGCGCCACUAGGCGCUCCCCGCGGCUCCCACCCGGCGGCGGCGGCGGCGGCGGCGGCGGCGGCGGCGGCGGCGGCGGCCGCGAUGGUUUCAGACGCUGAAGGAUUUUGCAUCUGAUCGCACGGCGUUUCAAAGAAGCCACGAUCGGAGAUGGAUGUCUCUCUUUGCCCAGCCAAGUGUAGUUUCUGGCGGAUUUUCUUGCUGGGAAGCGUCUGGCUGGACUAUGUGGGCUCCGUGCUGGCUUGCCCUGCAAAUUGUGUCUGCAGCAAGACUGAGAUCAAUUGCCGGCGGCCGGACGAUGGGAACCUCUUCCCCCUCCUGGAAGGGCAGGAUUCAGGGAACAGCAAUGGGAACGCCAGCAUCAACAUCACGGACAUCUCCAGGAAUAUCACUUCCAUACACAUAGAGAACUGGCGAGGUCUGCACACGCUCAACGCCGUGGACAUGGAGCUCUACACCGGCCUCCAGAAGCUGACCAUCAAGAACUCAGGACUUCGGAGCAUCCAGCCCAGAGCCUUUGCCAAGAAUCCCCACUUGCGCUAUAUAAACCUAUCAAGUAACCGGCUCACCACACUCUCAUGGCAGCUCUUCCAGACACUGAGUCUUCGAGAAUUGAGAUUGGAGCAGAACUUCUUCAACUGCAGCUGUGACAUCCGCUGGAUGCAGCUGUGGCAGGAGCAGGGAGAAGCCAAGCUGAACAACCAGCACCUCUACUGCAUCAACGCCGAUGGCUCGCAGCUGCCCCUGUUCCGUAUGAACAUCAGCCAGUGUGACCUCCCUGAGAUCAGUGUGAGCCACGUCAACCUGACUGUACGAGAGGGUGACAACGCUGUCAUCACUUGCAAUGGCUCUGGAUCACCUCUGCCCGAUGUAGACUGGAUAGUUACUGGACUGCAGUCCAUCAACACCCACCAGACAAAUCUGAACUGGACCAACGUACAUGCCAUCAACCUGACACUGGUAAAUGUGACAAGUGAGGACAACGGCUUCACCCUGACAUGUAUUGCGGAGAAUGUGGUGGGCAUGAGCAAUGCCAGUGUCGCCCUCACUGUGCACUACCCUCCGCGCGUGGUGAGCCUUGAGGAGCCGGAGCUGCGCCUGGAGCAUUGCAUUGAGUUCGUGGUGCGAGGCAACCCGCCACCCACGCUGCACUGGCUGCACAACGGGCAGCCGCUACGGGAGUCCAAGAUCACCCAUGUCGAGUACUACCAGGAGGGCGAGGUCUCCGAGGGCUGUCUGCUCUUCAACAAGCCCACCCACUACAACAAUGGCAACUACACCCUCAUUGCCAAAAACCCACUGGGCACAGCCAACCAGACCAUCAACGGCCACUUCCUCAAGGAGCCCUUCCCAGAGAGCACGGAUAACUUUGUCUCCAUUUACGACGUGAGCCCCACACCCAUCACUGUGACACACAAACCAGAGGAAGACACUUUUGGGGUGUCCAUAGCUGUGGGACUUGCUGCUUUUGCCUGCGUCCUGUUGGUGGUUCUCUUUAUCAUGAUCAACAAGUACGGUCGACGGUCCAAAUUUGGAAUGAAGGGUCCUGUGGCUGUCAUCAGUGGUGAGGAGGACUCAGCCAGCCCCCUGCACCACAUCAACCAUGGCAUCACGACGCCCUCAUCGUUGGACGCCGGGCCAGACACGGUGGUCAUCGGUAUGACCCGCAUCCCAGUCAUUGAGAACCCUCAGUACUUCCGUCAGGGACACAACUGCCACAAGCCAGACACGUGGGUCUUUUCAAACCUAGACAAUCAUGGGAUAUUAAACUUGAAGGAUAAUAGAGAUCAUCUAGUCUCAUCAACUCACUAUAUAUAUGAGGAACCUGAGGUCCAGAGUGGGGAAGUGUCUUACCCAAGGUCACAUGGUUUCAGAGAAAUUAUGUUGAAUCCAAUAAGCCUUCCCGGACAUUCCAAGCCUCUUAACCAUGGCAUCUAUGUUGAGGAUGUCAGUGUUUAUUUCAGCAAAGGACGUCAUGGCUUUUAAAAACUCCUUUUAAGACUCCCUGUUUUGAUGUCACCUUGGUAGGCUGGGCCCUCUGAGAGGUGGGAAGCUCUAGGCGCUGUUCUCUUUGGAUCCGGGGAUGCUAAGUAGAAACUGCAUGAGCCACCGGUGCCCCCUGCACCCUUUAACACCACCAAGACGGGGGUCCUCCCCCAUCCGUCACCGGCAGGGUUGUCCUUCCCCUCAGACAUCACUGUGCUCCUUUUACCCCCUGGCCUCCGAGGCAGCUCCUGCCGCCAUCUUUAGAGCCAAUAAAGAGAAUUAAAAACCUGUGCACCAAGAACCAUCUUUUAAACACACUCUAGCCAUUCUCUUGCUUUACAAAAACAACCCAACCACCACGAGAAAGCCUGACGAAGUCCAGCCGUGCUCCGGCCUCGCUAACCCUGCUUGGAAGUGUGGGGUCUCCCUGGCUCUCCCUAGGAUAUCAGGCUAUAUAUCCUCUUAGCGAUCUCAUCGCCCUGCAACCUCCAGUGGGGAAGAGCGGCUAAGCAGAGGUGGAGACCACGUGGUGAGAGAGGGGGAGCCAGGCCCAAGUGUUGGCACAAGAUUAGGUCUCAGAGGAAAGAAUGGAAACCAAUCAUUUUAUAUAUAUCUAUAUAUAUAUUUAUAUAGAUAGAUAGAUAGAUACAUUUGUGUAUCUAUCUAUCUAUCUAUAUAUAUAUAUAUAUAUUUUUUUUUUUUUUUUGGUGGAGAAAACCAUACUUUUUUGGGACACAUUUUUCCCCCUUCCUUCCUCUUCUCUGGAAUGGCUCACAGUGAGUGUGGUAUUACAAAACUCCUUGGCCCCUACAUCUGCAGUCCUGACGAGCUUUUGCUACAGGAGGUCUUGCCCGUGAAUUGACCGUCCUCCUAGGACCACAAGGGACCCAGGGAGUCAGGGGCCAAGACCCUUCCUGCUAGUCCCUGGCCCCAGGAUUGGCUCUCUACCCCCACUUUCAUUUACUCUUGACUCUGAGAACUUUUGGAACCCAAUGGAAUCACCAUUUCAAGGCCAAGAUGAGCUGAAGGGGAAGAGAAGGAAAAAUGGCCUCCUCCAGCCCCUCUCAUGGCACCAGUGGAAGUGUCAUCCUGUUCUCUGGUCAAUAUAUGUGUUUACUUUGCUUGCUUUGACUCAUGCCUUACUCCAUGGCCACCCUCUCCCAAAGAGGGGGUUUAUUCCUCCCAUUUUCAGCUUGAUCCACGGGGGAGAGAGAAGGAGAUGGCUUUGCCCUGCUUCGAUAGGAAAGGCACAGCCGUAGGGCCCGAACCUGUCCCAUAUUUGCUGCCCUGUUGGCCAAAUGGACUUCGGGCUGGGCCCAGCCACUCCCACCUGUGUUACCUCCAUUGUAAGAGCUGUCCCUUGAUGAUGGAGAGCAUGAAGCAGGGGGUCUCCCAUGGGGAGCUCUUAGGACAGACCCACUAGGUUUGGGGUGGUGACACACAGCAAGAGAUAGUAGAUUCUCUGGCUUCGGCAAAUUGACAUGGGAAUCAAACUUCCCACUGAACGUUUCCUUCCUGGGUCCUGUGGAUGGUGUUCUUUGUGCUAAGUUCCCAUUCUGAUUCUGCAGGUGCCUCCCUGGGAUUUAAAAUCACGAAGCUUUCCAAGCUCUUGGCCCGUUUCUGGGAUGACCUCCCAGACACUGUAGUGUCCAGACUAUGAUGCGGGGGUUCAGUUUUUCUCCAGGGCCUCGAGCUGUGUGUGUUUCUAGCCCCUGCCAACUUCCUGCCAUCCUGCUCCCCAUUGCUUCGUGUCAGGCUGUCCCCAUUGUGUCCUGCUGACCCUUUGGGUCGGGGCCUCCUCCCGAGUGUGGCUUUAAAGGAGUAAGCUUGAGGAUGAUGUUUUUUAAUUAUUGUAAAUCAUUACCUCAUUUCCAGCCUGCCAGGCUCCAUCCAUCCCAGCAUCUUUUAUUCUGUCAUUUUCUCACCUUGUACUAUGACAAUGGGGCGUUGUAUUUCCACAGAGACUUAUAGGAGUGUUCAGUGUAUAGUUUCUUAAUAAACACUUUAUUUUCUAAUGAAA